CUUAUUUCCCGCUGUCAGGAUGAGGAGGCGGAGGUCGGCGCUCGGGUCCGUCUCUGCCCGCGGCUGUGGCGGCGCCGACGGCUCCAGCCUGAGCGGUUCUUCCCUGGGUGGCGGCGGCGGCGGCUCGGUCGGCGUCUCUUCCGCCAGCUGAGUCCGCUGGAGCCCGGUCGCCGCUUCUCCGCCCGUCCUCGCCCCCGAGCGGGCCGCCUGGUCAUGGCGCAGCCGGGCCCGGCUCCUCAGCCUGACGCUUCUCUUCAGCAACGGGUAGCAGAAUUGGAAAAAAUUAAUGCAGAAUUUUUACGUGCACAGCAGCAGCUUGAGCAAGAAUUUAACCAAAAGAGAGCAAAAUUUAAGGAGUUAUAUUUAGCUAAAGAGGAGGAUUUGAAGAGACAAAAUGCAGUGUUACAAGCUGCACAAGAUGAUUUAGGACAUCUACGUACACAGCUGUGGGAAGCCCAAGCAGAGAUGGAGAAUAUUAAGGCCAUUGCCACAGUUUCUGAGAAUACCAAACAAGAAGCAAUAGAUGAAGUGAAAAGACAGUGGAGAGAAGAAGUUGCUUCACUUCAGGCUGUUAUGAAAGAAACAGUUCGUGACUAUGAGCACCAGUUUCACCAUAGGCUGGAACAGGAACGAACACAGUGGGCACAGUAUCGAGAAUCUGCAGAGAGGGAAAUAGCUGAUUUAAGGAGAAGGCUGUCUGAAGGUCAAGAGGAGGAAAAUUUAGAAAAUGAAAUGAAAAAGGCCCAAGAAGAUGCUGAAAAACUUCGAUCUGUUGUGAUGCCGAUGGAGAAGGAAAUUGCAGCUUUGAAAGAUAAAUUGACAGAGGCUGAAGACAAGAUUAAAGAGCUGGAGGCCUCAAAGGUUAAAGAACUGAAUCAUUAUCUGGAAGCUGAGAAAUCUUGUAGGACUGAUCUAGAGAUGUAUGUAGCAGUUUUAAAUACUCAAAAAUCAGUUUUACAGGAGGAUGCUGAGAAACUGAGGAAAGAAUUACAUGAAGUUUGCCAUCUCUUGGAGCAAGAGCGACAACAGCACAACCAGUUAAAGCAUACGUGGCAGAAGGCCAAUGAUCAGUUUUUGGAAUCUCAGCGUUUGCUAAUGAGGGACAUGCAACGAAUGGAAAUUGUGCUAACUUCAGAACAGCUCCGGCAAGUUGAAGAACUGAAGAAGAAAGAUCAGGAGGAAGAUGAACAACAAAGACUUAAUAAGAGAAAGGAUCAUAAAAAAACAGAAGUCGAGGAAGAAGUAAAAGUACCAGUAGUGUGUGCUCUGACUCAAGAAGAAACUUCAGCCCAGUUAUCAAAUGAGGAGGAGCAUUUAGAUAGCACUCAUGGUUCAGUCCAUUCCUUAGACGCAGACUUACUUUUGCCAUCUGGAGAUCCAUUCAGUAAAUCGGACAAUGACAUGUUUAAGGAUGGACUCAGGAGAGCACAGUCUACGGACAGCUUGGGAACCUCAAGCUCACUGCAAUCCAAAGCUUUAGGCUAUAACUACAAAGCAAAAUCUGCUGGAAACCUGGAUGAAUCAGAUUUUGGGCCAUUGGUAGGAGCAGAUUCGGUGUCUGAAAACUUUGAUACUGCCUCCCUUGGGUCACUGCAAAUGCCAAGUGGGUUUAUGUUAACCAAAGAUCAAGAAAAAGCGAUCAAGGCUAUGACACCAGAACAAGAAGAGACAGCGUCUCUCCUCUCCAGUGUCACACAGGGUAUGGAAAGUGCGUAUGUGUCCCCCAGUGGUUACCGCUUAGUCAGUGAGACGGAAUGGAAUCUCCUACAAAAAGAGGUACAUAAUGCUGGAAAUAAACUCGGUAGACGUUGUGAUAUGUGUUCUAAUUAUGAGAAACAGUUACAAGGAAUUCAGAUUCAGGAGGCUGAAACAAGAGACCAGGUCAAAAAACUACAGAUGAUGCUAAGGCAAGCAAACGACCAGUUAGAGAAGACAAUGAAGGAUAAACAGGAACUGGAAGACUUUAUCAAGCAGAGCACUGAAGAUUCAAGUCAUCAGAUAUCUGCACUUGUCCUGAAAGCCCAAGCAUCUGAGGUUUUGCUUGAAGAAUUACAACAGGGGUUUUCCCAAGCAAAGAGGGAUGUUCAGGAACAGAUGGCAGUGCUGAUGCAGUCACGAGAACAGGUCUCUGAAGAGCUGGUGAGGUUACAGAAAGAUAAUGACAGUCUUCAGGGUAAGCAUAGCUUGCAUGUGUCGUUACAGCAAGCAGAAGACUUCAUUCUACCAGAUGCUGUAGAGGCUCUCCGGGAGUUGGUAUUAAAAUAUCGCGAGAACAUUGUUAAUGUGCGGACAGCAGCUGACCACAUGGAAGAAAAGCUGAAGGCUGAAAUACUUUUUCUGAAAGAGCAGAUUCAAGCAGAACAGUGUUUAAAAGAAAAUCUUGAAGAAACUCUGCAGCUAGAAAUAGAAAACUGCAAAGAAGAAAUAGCCUCCAUUUCUAGCCUAAAAGCUGAAUUAGAAAGAAUAAAGAUAGAAAAAGGACAGCUGGAGGUGACAUUACAAGAGAAGUCUCAACAGCUUGAGAGCCUUCAGGAGAUGAAAAUCACUUUGGAAGAACAAUUAAAGAAAGAGACUGCUGCAAAGGCUACUGUUGAACAACUAAUGUUUGAAGAGAAGAACAAAGCCCAGAGAUUGCAGACAGAACUUGAUGUCAGCGAACAAGUUCAGAGAGAUUUUGUUAAGCUUUCUCAAACCCUUCAGGUGCAGUUAGAGCGGAUCCGACAAGCUGACUCUUUGGAGAGAAUUCGGGCAAUUCUGAAUGAUACCAAACUGACAGACAUUAACCAGCUCCCUGAAACAUGACACUCUGAUGGCAUGGCAUUAGCCUGCACUUUGGGUUUUUAACUCUUCUUUAGAACAUUAAUUAUUUAACUCUUAACUGAAGAAGUCACACAACUACAAAAGACUGGAGAAAUGUUUAUUUCUAGUGCGGGAAAAGACUGCAGUACAGGAACAGCAGUCAGGGUAAUUUGCAACAAAAAUACCUUUCAAGAGGAACACUCACAAGACUACAGACUUGAUUUCAGAUAAUGUGAUCUGAUUUGACGAUGGAUCAAAUGCUGUUUCCUUGCCUGCUUUAUCCAACAUUUCCCUACCCUAAAGCAACAUCCCAAUAGUGUUUGAACUUAAAACUUUUUGUUCAUAGAUAUUGGAAGAGAGAAUUUUUUCUGUUGACUAGAGUUUAUCAGUAACAGUAUUCGGCUAGCAGAGGUAUAGUAAGCUGUAUGAAUAUUUUAUAUUAAAAUAUGAAAGUCUGA